CUUUCCGGGCCCCCUUGGCAAGGCAUCGCAGGGGGCUGUUACAGCUGUCAAAAGCCGCAGCUCCUGCUCUCUGCGGUUGGCUGGACGUGGCUGGGGGCUGCUGCGAGAGCCCCGCCCAAGGGUCCCGCUAGGCUCUGGGGACGAUGUGGCAGCCAGGUCCCGAUAGUAGAGCUGCCCAGAGCCCCCAGGUUCCUUUAGGCAUGGCGAGUCCCCUGUGAUAGGGCGGUCCAAGGCCAGGUUUCCCUGGGAGACGGUGUUUCCGUAGGUUCCAGCUCUGGAACUCAGCUCUCCUCCAUCCGAUGUCCCGGAGGCUUCCUAUGUCCCCGGUUCCCCUCUGGGCUCUGCAUAAGGCUGAAAUUGGAGCAAAGCCCAGCCGGCUCUGUAGCCAUGGUGGUGUUUUUCUGGGGUGUUUGCGUGCGCCUGUAUCGAUCACUGUCUGGGUGAGGAGCUUGCCAAGAGGCUGUGAAGAGGCUGGCCUGGAGCCUGACACGUCUUUUCUUUCCUUUGCAGAGAUUGUGGCGAUCUGGGAUGCUGUGUCUGAUUACAUCCUGGAACAGAUGAAGCUGGACAAGGGAGUCCUGGUCCCGGGACUCGGGCUCUUUGCUGCGGUCCGAGAGCAAUUCCACAGCAAAGAAGUGGCGGUGUCGGUCCGAAGACCUGUCUUCCAGCUGGGACAUCGGGGUGCUGUGGCUGCAGGACCUCCAGUCGCCCACCGACAUCAUCCCCGACGAUGUCAAGAUUGAGCGGCUGAACUACCGGCAGCUCUCGCGAGCCACCGGCAUCUCGCUGCACGUGGUGCAGCGCUGCGUGCGAGAGACCGUCCUCUUGUACUGUCACCUCCUGAGGAACAAGGCGCACGUCUCAUUCGCCUUCAAG